GGGAAGAAUGUCAUUUGUGAUAGAACAGCCACUCCGCUGGAUGCCUUUCGGAUGAUGACAGCUGCCCAUUAUUAUCCCAAGCUUAUGAGCAUCAUGGGCAACGUUCUCCGUUUCCUGCCUGCCUUUGUGAAGAUGAAGCAGCUGAUCCAAGAGGGAUAUGUGGGAGAACUGCUUGUGUGCGAGGUGCAGGUUCACAGUGGAAGCCUUCUGGGGAAGAAGUACAACUGGAGCUGCGAUGAUCUGAUGGGAGGUGGAGGGUUGCAUUCUGUAGGCACCUACAUCAUUGAUCUCCUGACGUUCCUCACCAGUCAGAAAGCAGUGAAAGUUCAUGGACUUCUUAAGACCUUUGUGAAACAGACCGACCACAUUAAGGGAAUACGGCAAAUUACGAGUGACGACUUCUGUACAUUUCAAAUGGUCUUGGAAGGUGGCGUGUGCUGCACUGUUACCCUUAAUUUCAACAUGCCGGGAGAAUUUAAACAAGAUAUUGUUGUGAUUGGAUCAAACGGGCGGCUAAUUGCGGUCGGCACUGAUUUGUAUGGACAAAGCAACAACUCUCCACAGAAGGAGCUCCUCUUGAAGGAUUCUGCCCCAGUCAGCAAUGCCUUGUUACCUGAGAAGGCCUUCAGUGACAUCCCAUCUCCGUACCUCCGGGGCACUAUAAAGAUGGUACAAGCAGUCAGGGAGGCAUUUGAAGAUCAAGACGACCGACGGACCUGGGACGGACGGCCACUCACAAUGGCUGCAACUUUUGAUGAUUGCCUCUAUGCUUUGUGUGUGGUGGAUACCAUUAAGAGAUCCAACCAGUUGGGUGAAUGGCAGAACAUUGUGAUUAUGACCGAAGAACCAGAACUGAGUCCUGCUUACUUGAUCAGUGAGGCCAUGCGACGGAGCAGGAUGUCUCUGUACUGCUAGAUUUUUGUCUUGACUCGGGGUGGGGAAAAAAAGGAAGUGAAUCGAAUCAGCUUUUCCCUGACAGAAAUAUGACUAUACACAUCAGGCCUGGAAAAGGGAAGCAGUUUAAAGGAACAAUAUUUGUUGCUAAAGCCACAUUGCCUAGUUGGUGCUGAAAUAGUAGAUGCGUUUGAAAUGCCCUCGUAGAACCUGCAGAUCCUUAUGGAGGAAAAAUGUGUGUUAGCUUUUUACCAAAUAAUAGGAAGGUAAAAUGUAAUCAGUUUGCAAUCUGUUGGGGCACAGCUGAUUCAAUUGUGUUUACUGUUUUUUUAAAAAAAGGUUCAGGAAGGUCUAGUUGGGUGUUACAGGAAAAGAAAACAGGCCAUAAAGAUGCUUGAAUCAAGUUUAUGUAGAUUGCACAGACUUAGCCAUAGCUUCUAAGAGCUCCACUGAUAAAAGCAUGCUACUCUGUUCUUAGUUGGUUGCAUUGGUUAAAUGAUACAAUAAGAGCAUUUGGCAUGAAUAUGUUAUCUGUUGUCAAAAGAAUUUGGUAGAUUGGUUUUCAUGGCUAACAUAAAUAAUGUUUUUGGAUUAUUAUUUUUUUCCUAUGGAAUAUAACUUGAACAAGUAGGUUCCACCCCCCUUCAUAUUGCUCCAAAUUCAUAGUAUGUUCCACUAUAGGAUUGAGCAAAAAUUAAUUUUAGGAUAGCUACAUAAUGUUUGAUGAGCUUUGAUUCCUGGUAAAUUCCAGGGUGAUGUUUUUUGCUUUGUUUCAGAGCAAAACCAAGCAUAACUCCUAUGAUACCUUAAAAUGUUUACUUUAGCACACAUUUUCACGGACUGGGCCUUCCCCCCCCAUUAGCGGCUUGAAGUAGUCUGUCUGACAAAGUGGAUUUAGUUCAGGGGUAGGUUUCUCGCCCCGUUCCAACUGGUUCGGUUGGAACGGGGCCGGCGGCGUCCUUGUGCACGCGUGCAG